AUGUUUAGACAUCUUACAAGACCAGCACAGCUUACUCUACGCCACUCCUUAAGGACUAAUAUUCCUGCAUUGUCAAGAUGCGUCUCAAGGAGAUUACCAUUAAACUCGCAUAACGCCACAACUUGUCUCAGGUUGUAUUCGAUCAGCACACAAGGGGAAUCACUCAGUGGCAAAAUUGACGAAAUUUCAGACGGAGAGUACAACAAAUUGUCCAACCAGUACCUUGAGACUUUAUCAGAAGAGUUGGAAGAAUUGAACGAAGAGUAUGAUCAAGUCGAUGCUGAGCUUAGUCAUGGAGUGUUAACCUUGAUAUUGCCCCCAAAUGGUACAUACGUGAUCAAUAAACAGCCUCCAAAUAAACAGAUUUGGCUCAGCUCACCAAUAAGCGGUCCCAAACGGUACGAUUUGAUCAAUGGACAAUGGAGAACUUUGAGAGAUGGCAGUUUGCUUACAGAGUUGUUGGAACAGGAGAUUUCGGAAGCUCUUAAAACAGACUUUAAGUUUGAGUCUGUAAGCUCGUGA